UUGAUUUUGGCAUGGUUAUGCAUACAGUUUUGCAUACGUGUAUAUUCAAUUACUUUUAGGCAGAUCAAACACAAAUUUUGCAAUAUGAAAUUAUGGAUUACAAGCCUGAUUUUAAAUAUCUUAAUGACUGAAUGUUUAGCAAAAAUGCCACCACACAUCAUUUUCAUAGUCGCUGACGACCUUGGUUGGAAUGAUGUUGGAUGGCACAACCCUGAAAUGCACACACCAAAUUUAGACAAUUUAGCAAGACAAGGUGUCAUUCUUGAUUCAUCAUAUGUACAACAAGUUUGUACACCAUCAAGGAAUUGCUUCAUGACUGGUUUAUACCCAUUCCACACAGGAUUACAGCACAGUAUUAUCAAAAACUACGAAGCUAGAGCUCUUCCUGAACAAUUUGAAACAUUGCCUGAAAAACUGAAGACUUUAGGAUAUUCAACACAUAUUAUAGGAAAAUGGCAUUUGGGGUACUGUAAUUGGAAAUAUACACCGACGUAUCGUGGAUUCGAUUCUUUCUAUGGUUACUAUGGAGGGGCCGAAGGAUACUUCAGUCAUAAGUCCAAAAUGAGACUAUCUGACGUAGUCAACAUGACUGAGGAAAUCAUUGAACCUAUACAAGUAAACCACGUUACAAAAGCAAAAUGGUAUGAUUUCAGAUUCAAUAAGGAAGUGUUUUACCCUAAAAAGAGAACAUACUCAACGAAACUUUUUUCUAGCCGUGUUAUUGAUAUAAUCAAUGAAUCAAAUACUGAAACUGAGCCUUUGUAUUUAUACAUUGCUUUCCAAUCUGUGCAUGGUCCAUUCCAGGUUCCAAAACGCUACAAAAAGUGGUAUCCGGCCGAUAUGAGCGAAAACAGGAGGACGUAUUGUGGGAUGGUGUCUGCAUUAGAUGAAGCGGUAGGAGAUAUUACUGAUGCUCUUGAAACAAAGGGCAUAAUGGACAACGCUGUUAUUGUUUUCACUACAGACAAUGGAGGGCAUUACUAUGCUGGAAGCAAUUUACCACUUCGAGGCUAUAAAGGAUCGUUAUGGGAAGGUGGAACGAGGGGAGUAGCAUUCGUUUACAGUCCAACCUUCUUAAAAAAAUCGAGUUAUGUUAAUAAAGAAAUGAUACAUGCAGUUGACUGGUUCCCUACACUCUUACAUGUUGCUGGAGGUACACCAGAUCGUUCGUUGGAUGGUGUGAACCAAUGGAAGACAAUCAGUGAAGGGAGGAGAUCUUCUCGGGAAGAUUUUGUGUACUGUAUAGACGACAUUCAAGAUAGGUGGGCAUAUAGGUUUAGAAAUUUUAAGCUUAUGUAUGGCCAAAAACCUGACUUAGAUAAUCGAUGGAAAGUACUGCGGUUAUUUGACAUAGAAAAAGAUCCGUUUGAACAGGAAGACAUCGCCGAAAAAAAUAUUGACAUCGUAGAAGAAUUAAAACGCAUGUUAAACCUAUAUCGCGAUACUCAAGUCCCAGCGAAUUAUUCAAAUGUGAAAGAAAUAACGUCACUGUACCGAAUAAGUAAGACGAUUUUGAGUCCUGGUUGGUGUUGAUUCUAAAAAGGUGAUAUAAUUCAUUUACAAAAAUAACAACAACAACAACAACAGCAACAACAACAACAACAGCAGCAGAAGUAGUAAUUGCAGCAGCAGCAGCAGCAGCAACAACAACAAUAUAACCUUUAUUAUGCUCAAGCCAUUACAACAAGAAUGUGAGCUUACAGUUUAUAAUACCAACAAAAAUACCUUAUGAGGUCAAUGCCGUACGAUGGCUUGAAAUUUGGUUUUGGUUUUAUAAUUAUUAAGAAAGUUAUAACUUUGAAAUAAAUGAA